UGACCCUAAUGCACCCAAGAUCACCAGGCCCUGCACUGAAUGUGGCAAGAAAUUUUGGUCAUGGAAGGCUCUUUUCGGGCACAUGAGAUGCCACCCGGAGCGCGAGUGGCGCGGCAUUAACCCUCCUCCCAAUUUCAGCAGGCACCACCACAAUGAUGCCUCGACAUCAGGAACCAAGGAGAAUUCUUACUGGAUGUCCGAGGAGGAUCACGAGGUCGCCGUGUAUUUGUUGAUGCUGGCUAAUGGCCGUGGUCCUGAUGCUGCUGCUGCUGCUGCUCAUGAGUCCCCAACUGUGACUACUGCUUGUAAUAAUGUGGCAGUUCAAGGAACAUCGGAGUCUGAUAACGCUGCUGCUUUGAUGGGCUGUGGAGAUGUUGAUGAAAAUACUGCUGCUGCUGGUCCUUCUUCCGGCUUGUUGAAUUGUACGCGAUUUGAGUGCUCAAGCUGCAAGAAAGUCUUCGGUUCUCACCAGGCUUUAGGGGGUCAUAGGGCUAGUCACAAGAAUGUCAAGGGUUGUUUUGCUAUUACUAAAAAUGACGGCGAGGAGGAAGACAGGACGGGAGAAGGGGAGGUGGUAAAAGAUGGCACUGUAGAAGAGGACAAGAUGUUGAUGGUAUUUGGGCAUAAAUGUACCAUCUGUUUGAGGGUUUUCUCAAGUGGUCAAGCUUUGGGCGGCCAUAAAAGGUGCCACUGGGAGAGAGGGGAUGAACCAUCAGGACUCACUCAGGACCUCAAUCCCUUUUCCUCAGGAAAGGAGGGUUCUUCUGGUUUGGACUUGAAUUUGCCUGCCCCUGCAGAAGAUGAUGAUUCUUCUUCGUCCUAUUAUUCAGGCCUGGCAUUAGAUUUGCGAUUGGGACUCAAGCCCUGAU